CGUUUGUGAACGGUUCGACCUUGAAAAGUACGAAACGAUUUUUUUAAAGAAUAGAAAAACUGUAUUUUGCACAACAAAGCGACCUUUAUGAUUUAAGAUUUUUGGACAAGGAUGGAUCCUUUCACCCAGGUAAACUUCAUGUUCUUAUUCAGCUGCGCUAUUGAAAAAAUAUGUUAAAGUUCGACUGUCGUUUAUGGUUCAAAAUUUAUGAUAAUUUAAGGUUAAUUGCUGCUUCUGUUUCUUCUUGUUUGUCAUUAAAUGAUUUAAAUACACUCUACUUUCAUCGUUAACUAAGAAUCUAGUCGAAUUAUAAUUUUCUUUCCCUAGAAAUCGAUAACAGAUGCUAAAUGAAAUGAUCAUGAAGAACAAGGAAUUUAACCCGCCACAACUGAACUUCACUUACUUGAUUGGUUACUAAACAAAUUCAAAAAUGUUUGAGAAUACAAUUCUCGAUUACUCUGUCGUGGGUUCAAGUUUUCAUUUUCUUCAAGGAAAAUCAAGCUUUCUUCUUGCAGCUAACCUCUCUAUAUAUUAGCACGCAUGAUCGUGAAAGCACGAUGGCGCAUUCCUUUCGUGCUAACGAAAAAUAUAAAUGCUGCAAAAUUCCGGUUUAUAUUUCUCAGUAAAGCUUAUUGUAUUUUCUGGAUUCGAUUAGCAAUUGAUGGUUUUGUAACUGAAACUGAUUAUUGUUUCUUAUUCUUUCAACAAAAAAAAAACCUGAACAAGCCCGAUAAGCUCAUCAGAUUUUAAUACAUUUUUGAAAGAUUAUAUUAAAAAUACUUCUGUUUCUGUAACGUCUGUGAAAGCCUUACUCUAUCACAGUUGGAAACGGUUCAAAACAGUUGGGAAGAAUAAUAAUCUGGGAUUAGCUCAAUCCAUCUUAGCAUGUCGAUUAGUUAUUUUGCAACCGUCAGCUUAGUUAGUGGACUUUUUCUAUGACUGAUUCAUUAUGAGUAAUGGGCAGUAGCAUUUCUUUCCCAAUCAUUCCUUGACACUCUAAAUUCGAGAUUGCUCCCAAUCUCUCAAUUUAAGAAAACGUUUUCUUAUUUUACGCGAAAAAUUUAAAACAAAUCAUAGGAUAAGAACUCUUUUUUCUGUAAUUUAAACAGGCAGUUUGAAUUUCCGAGAACAAAAUCUUAUUCUAUUAUUUGUUACAAUUUUUUUCUUAAAAUAAGGGAUCUCGAAUUUAAAGUACAUGGGUUGUGCUCAAAGAGAAGAAAACUUAGAUUCAAGCAUUUUUUGAGAGUGUUGGUUGAGUGGUCGUAAAAAUGAAUGUUAAAAGGAGCUCAUGAAAAAUUAGGCAGAGUUUGAAAAAUAAAAUGAGUUUGGAUGUGGUUGAUUCAGGGUGUGUUUCUUUUGGGAUGAUCAGGAUUAGCAUUUGUGUUGUGACCCAAGAUUGAUCAUUGGGAUGAUGGUCCAUCAAAGGAACCACUAAGUCCUAACUGGACAGGGAUUCAUCGGCACCAUGGAUCUUCUCAAAGGAACAAAAAAUUAGUAUACAUUUGUAUACUUAUGGUGGAUAAAUUUUCCAGGUUCUUGUCCUAUAGUUCCUGAUUUUGAAUUUUCUCUUAAAUUUUUACAGAAGUUAUUGGCGAGAACCCAAGCAAGAAAGGACCAACUUGUAAAGAAACGUGAGGAGCUAGAGGCAUGCAGAGCCAAAAGAAAUUCACCAAUCAAAGAUCGCACUCGUCGUCCCCUGUCAGAAGACAACACAGACAGUGGAACUGCUGAGAUCAAUACUGACGAAAUUAAGAGACGUCGAAUUGGAAGCGAUGAGAGUGGAAAGAGUUCUGCUCUAAGGAAUCCCCGGGAUAUUGAUGUUAACAGUCCUUCUGUUCAGGUAAGCCUUACAAACAUCAAAAUCAUGCCAAAAGAAAUUUACAGCUGUUGAUGUUUCCUUUUUGCAACUUUGGUUCUUGAUGAUGGUUUUUUUUUUUAGGCUCGUAAAGAAAGGCUUAUGAAGAUGCAACAGAAAGAUCAAGAAAAUGGAGUCACACCUAAAAAACACUGGAAACCAGCAUUAACUCAAGGAGCUAAAGAUGCCAACAGUCCAAGUGUUGCAUCAAGAUCAGCUGCCUUUGAAAAUAACAUGAGAGAUGAGCAACAGGUAAGCAAACAGUGAUCACCACGAUCAUGUACUCUAACAUGGCAUACAAGGGUAAUAUUCAAGUCUUAACAUAGCAGCUAGUCCCUAGCAGGGCCAGGGAUUUUGCCUUGAUAAUAGGGUAUAUUAAGUUAUGUAAACAGUUGACAACACAAAAAAAACACAAGCUUAGCCUUUUCCAAGCUCCAGAACUCUUCUCAUCAAUUUAAAUGGCAGACCAUGACAUACAAUUUUUUUUCCCAGGAGAAUGCCAAGGACAAACGACUAGCAGAGCUCCAAUCAUCCCAGACUCCUGGAAAACUGGCUCAAACACGUAGCGUGUUUGAGAAUACACCAGAACAAGGCAAACCCAGCAUCACAGCAGAUAAAUUUUGUCCCCCACCAAAACCUCCCAGGGUAGCUGCCAUAGCUGAAGCUAAUAUUGAGCAUUGCCAGGCUGUAGAUCAACAACAAUCAACUAAGAGAAAAGCUCCAUCUCCCCCUAAGGAAAAAGAAGCCAGCAACGGAGAGAUAAUAAAUGACGUCAAAGCCGUGGAUGGCAAGACGGCAUCUGUGGUGAAAAGAAGAGCUCCAGAACCUCCUACCUCCCCUAAAAACAAGGAUAAGAUUAAAAAAGAAGCCAAUAAAUCUUGCGAUGAUACAGAGUACAGGCAGGUGGAGGCCAAAGUGAAAACAACUCAAUCACAAAGUAUGUCUGCUGACAAGGAAAAUGAAAAAAGCACAGCUGAGCCAGUUCCAGCAAAGAGGGAGAGGAAGGGUAGCAUUGAUAGUUUAGACAAUGCCACAAAAAGUAAUGUUGAUCAACCUACUCCCACACCACGCAGAAAAGCUCAAACCUCAGCUGAUGGCAUUACAGAGGCAGAAAACCACAAUGGACCUGUAAAGAAGCCAAAGAGAGCAGAAUCUGAUGCUACAGUUACAAUAGUAGCAACUCCCAUUGUUGGUGACAAGAAAAGGUCAAAGCGAGUUAAGUCAAAGCAGAGGCCAGAAGAAGAGUCAUGCAUCAUUCAAGCAUGUGUGAUUGAGGAGAACCCCACAGAGGUUGCUGCUGUAAGCUAUGAAAACACUGUCACAGUCAAAGCAAUUUCUUCUGAUGGAACUGAGAGGAAAGGUGUUAAAACACACAGAUCAGAUAGAACAAAAGUACAGGUAAGUGUGGUGGAUCCCGCUGAGAAACAACCUAAGAGGGCAAAUGAGAAGUUUUCUGAUGGUAUCAUCUCAGCUGUUGCUCAGAAGCCUCAAAGCUCAAGGAAAACGAGACAAUCGACUAAGAAGAAUGACUUUGAAUUCAAGGUUCCCAAGCAGCCAGUAGGUCCUGCCAGAGACAACUGCCAUUUUGAUUUAAAUGAAACUGUCAACCUCAACGAUGUUAACAUCCAUGAAAUAACAUUCAACUUUGACUUUGGCCAGUUUGACCAAGAGCUUGAGCAAGACAGAGGAAGCAUGUUUGUGAGCUACGAAGAAAAGUGUAAACAGGUGUGGCUUUUUCUCUUCCUUCCAUUCACGAGCCUGAGUGCAUUAAUUUUAACCCUAAUCUCUUACAAAAAGGAAAAAUAAUGAUAAAGCCAAAUCAUUGCAUUAUUAUGCCAGUAAAAUAUGCCCUAGUAUACAGUAUAUUUAACUCAAUCCAGCCAAAUUUUGGCUGGGAGCUUGCAUUGUUUGCACUCUACUUUAGGUACCUGAGUGUCAGAAUUUCUGCCAUUAACUGAGUGAAAUGAAACAGCCUUUUGGCAGGUUAUUUAAUAAGUAAAGUUUGAGGCAUUACAACAAGUUACUUAUCUCUGACAAAGACACUCUCUUCACAUGUUUUUAUUAGUUGGAAAAGGAACGAAAAAGAGAAGAAAAGAAGAGAAAGGAUAGUGCGUCAGCCAGCCUUAAUCCUAAAUCAUCAUCAGGCUCAUCAGAGUGCGACAGAGAAGAAAGAGGUUCUUACAAGUCAGGGUACAACAGUUCAACGAGUGAUCAAUAUGCAACUAAAACAGUGCUAAAACCCAAGUCAGCAGUGCCACAGAGACCAAAAAGAACUCAAGACACAAUAAAAGUAAGCUAAGUCUUUAACUGGAUUUGCUCUCUUUUUUGAGAAAGGGGGAGGCUUGAAAACAAUACAGUGGAAUCCUGAUUUCUUCUAUCCCAACUUGGAAAAGGCAAUUUGGUUCCAGUUGCUGGGAGGUUUGUAAAAUUCAUGGUAAAAUAAUGCAUGAGUGUUUGAGUUUUGAAGGGAAGUUAGAUUUAGUUUGAAUUACGGUGGAAGCUCUUAUAAGCGGACACCCUCGGGGCACGAAAAAAACGUCCAAAACUGGAGCUGGCCGCUUAUGAGAAUUUAAAAAUACAGAGUUUGUAUGAGAGUGGGGAUAAACAGGUUUUGUGAAGAUGGGCAUAUUUAAGUAGAACUGUCCACUUACAAGAGUGUCCAUUAGGGGUGCUACCACUGUAUCAGGAAUUUCUCUACCAACUGAGAUGCAAAUAAGUGGUGGAAGUUAAAAGUUUAGCCACCACAAUACAGUGAACAUGUCGUAUGUUAGUGUCGGGCACACGCACCAAGCUCAUGCAAUCUUUAUUAAUUGGCCAUUCUUCCACUUUUGAUAUUGUAAUGCGUGCAUCUCAAUCUGUUUGCCAUGACUAUUGGCAAUCAACUCCUGGAAAUAAACUGCCAUCCAAAUAAUGCAGUUACAGUGUAUUCAUCUUAAGCCUUGAUGUAGGCUCCGUGGUUUGUUCAAGUUACAAUAAGUUUGCCAAAUUCCUGUGAGUCUGUGUCUUUACUUCCAAAUGCCAUUUUAACGAACAGCGCUUAUGGUUGUACUCUUUUCCUGGACUUUUCCCCACAAACAGAUGCUGCUUGAAGAAGCUGCAUAUCAACAGAACAUUGUACUCCAGGCAAGUCAAGCUCUAAAUCUCUGUGUUGCAAAUGAUAUCACCUUUAGAGGCUCCACAGAGGAAAUUGAAGCCGAAAGAGUUCUCUUACUUGCAAGUAAGUACAGUUACACCAUAGACUAAUGCCGACAACUGUGUUUCUUUGAAGUUCUUGACAAGGUUUCGCAUAGAAUGUCAUAGGUAUCAUGAACCUGAUUACAUUUUGCUUUUGCUGAUUAGGUGAACACAGAACAGCAUGUCUAGAUGAAGUCCAAAGACUGAAAAAUGGAUGCACUGACAGCAUUCCAGAAUUCGCUGGGGGAAGUGAAGCAUCUGGGGUAUCAUCUUGUACUGCAAAUCUCUCUUUGUCAGGUAUGCUUCUUCUGUCUCUCCAGCUGACUGAUUUAUUGGCAUCUACACCUGUAUAAAAAAAACCCAGUGAAAUCAUUUGAUAUUCCACUAGUUAGGGUACCAUAAAGGGUGCAUGCAUGAUCCUGAAGAAAGACAAUUACCCUUGGAAGAAACAUGAUUGUCCCCAUAACCGUUUUGGAAAAAGUCAGUGAUCAUAGUACAUAGGUGCCUUUAUAAUACAUUAAUUAUUUUAUGGUUAACAUCAGGGAUAACAGUCCUUCCUGUAAUUCUUGAAGCUUCACUUUUUAAUUUUUCAAGUGGUUGAGCUUUUUCCUGUUAAACCCUUGUUGAUAUUAUCGCUGUUUGUUCAAGGUUUUAUUCUGUUAUUCCAUUCCCUUUUGAAUGCUAACCUUAGGUAUCAAGAUCAUACUAAGGCAAGACUUCAUGGAUGUGUUAAGAGUGGGUAUCAGAAGUGGUAAGAAACAAUUUUUUAAUCUUUUAUUUUUAGUUGGAAUAAAAAAUGUACAAGAUGUUACCUGGUUAAAUUUCAUUUCAGGUUUAAGUUUUUUUAAUCCACAACUGUAGGAAUGAUUCUCAAUUCUCUGUCUCCUGGGGCUAGGACAGGGGACAAAGUAUGUUGAGAAUCAACCUUUGUAAGUUUAAUCAAAAUUAACUAGAAAUCAAAUUCUUUGAUCUGUAACACAGAAAAUAAAAUGGAUAUAACAUUAUAGACUCCUAUCAGUCCAAGGCACAUAUUAUGGCGAACCUGCAAGCAAAUUAAGGCAAAAGCUGUCAUGGCUCUUUCACACUUAAACAGAAGUUCACCAAGCUGUGAAAGAAAACUGAUUUACUUUGGAACCCUAUUGUGUAUUGAGUCAUUUUUUGUGACAAUUGAAUGUUCUUCGCUUAUUUUCAGAUCUUGGUGUGUUUUACUUUCUCUGUAUUAUCCAACAUGGCCCACAUGAGUUCUACUGUACCAAAGUCCUUUCAACAAAUGAUGCCACAGAUGGAAACUUCUUGUUGUUCCCUGAUAAAUUCACUUUGUAAGUCAUCCUUAAGUACCACUUACUUGUUAGAUCAGUAGUGUAUUAGGCAUCAAUAUUAUAGGCCUGUUAAACUAAGCAGUUUUGGUUGCUACUUGAUUGUCUCUGAGCCAAGCUUUGUUGUGCUGUUGUCACAGUGGAACAAGUUGCUCAAACACUGCCCAUCAUAAACCCCCCUUCAAAUAUAACAUGUGCAAUUCAUACUGCUGCAACUAGAACAUUCACUCCAGGAUAUGCCUAAUACUUUUUUCCUUUUAACAUGAAACUCACAAAACCGUGAACACCAUACUGUCUAUUGAGAAAGCUGCUAAACACUGAUUGCUGACAAUGAUGCAAGUUUGCUGAUAUUUCAUUGUAUUCUGGACAGUUAGCUUCAGGAUACUGCUUUAGAUGGGCUAAGUGAAGCUGAGUCUUGAAAUCAGAUAUUGAAAAAGUAAUAUCUUGCAAGACGCUUUCAAACAUGUUGUCAAACAGCUGAUGUAUGUAAAAAAAUAUUUCGAGUUACGGCUGGCAGUAUUCACUCUUUUCGGAUUCUUAGUAAAGAAACGCUUCGGAUCAUGUGUCCAAAGUACAGGUAUUCACCUCUGUUGUAGAUCAUUUGGAUCAAUAAUCUGUUUGGAUUAAAAAUCCGGAUUUGGAUUUGAGGGUCAUCCCCAGUGUGAUAUAAUUUAUUUGUUUUCUUUGUUUUAUGGACUAUUGUCAGGGUAAGGUUCAUUGUUAAGGAUGUUUUGUUUUAUUUGUUUUUAGUCAGCUGUGAAUAAUAAAUUAUAUUACACCGGAGAUGAGCUGGAGUUUAGUAAAGAAACGUGUAAUGUUCUUUUUAUUAUAUGGAGAAACCAAUUCAACAAAAGCAAAAGGCGGGAAUCGUGACGUCAUCGAACGAUAUGACACUCACAAAGGUGACAUACGGAAAAUACGCCACUCGGGUCCCGGAUGAAGUGGCAUAUGGAAUCUACGAGUGGUUUAGUUCCCAGUAAAACACUCUCCUCCAUAUAAUAAUAAAUUAUAUUACACCGGAGAUGAGCUGGAGUUUAGUAAAGAAACACACCCUUAGCUUACAAUGCACUUCACACCAAUUUGGCGACCUGUCUGGCUGUCCGCGUAUAUGCCACUGAGUCUAUAAUACUUACAUGUGUUAUUCUGUUGUAAUUUCCUUUAGAAGUAUAAGUAAACAGUCCAUUGACUCUUUUGUCAUUUCUUUAUUUCAACAGGAAGGAUAUCAAACCAGAUUUUAAUGUCACAAUCAAGGUUUUCUGCAUGGUGAGCUUCUUAUGAUGGUUGUUCUUGUAGACCAUUAAAUUACAGUUUGUUAAGAGGGGUAAACCAUUCUGUCUUGUGAGUAAGCAAGUUUUGUGGAACGCUAACUUCUUUACUCUCUGCUCAUGUGCCCUUUCUGCUGGCUCAGUGUAGAAAUUUGUUGCGUUAACUUUUGCUUUCUAUUAUUUGUAGAACGUAAAAAAGGCCAUUGUCAGUGCUCCAACCACCCCAUCUAAGACCAAGCUCUUUCAGUCACCAAAAGUUGUGAAAGGAAUGUUUACUGGGGUGAGGAUCCACUGAUACUUGAUUAUGGCUUCUUCUGAACAUUUUGCAUGUUCAAUGGAUCAAGAUUAAUAUUAAAAAAAUAAUUUUACUUUCUCUCUUAUGUCUUCUCUACAGCGUCGCACAUCAGAUAUCCCUCCAGGUGGGUGGAAAAUGUUUUCACUUGAGGCCUGCAGUUCAAAUGCAUUAGGACUCCAUGCACAACUUAUAUAAUGUUAACUUAUUGGCCUUACUUUUCAUUUCAAUAGUAUGCCUGUAAUAAGCUUAAAUAACUUAAUAUGUAUGUCGUCUUGAUAUCCAUACUUGAAAUUUAAACUCUGGUAUUCUUAUAGCAACCCAGGUUUUGCCAUCACCACAGACAGUAUUCAGAACCAGCAGCUUCUCUCUUGUUGGAGUAACACAUGUUAAUCUUCCUAUUAUCAAGUCCAAGAGAUUCUCUCUUGAUAAGGUAUAUAAUUAUGUUCUUGAAAAUAACAUUUAGAAUAAUUUUUUUACAAAUAAUUACAUUUUGUCUAUUUUAAAUGCAAGAAGACAAUUUGCAGUACACUCUCUGAGAAAUGUCAAGGAAAAGAUCAGGCAUCAUCUCCUGUACUAUUAUUUUAAUAUUAAUUAGAAAAAUAACAUGGCUAAAGCUUUGUCAAUUUUAUGGUAUGUACCAUCAUACAUGAUCCAGAGAGUCUAUUAGGCCCAGUCCAAUUAAGUUGAACUUCAUGUGUGCCAAAUUUAAUCCUAUUCCUCGCUAAAACAAUUUGUUAUCUUUUUACAAUUAAUGAAUUAUAUUAGGCACAUGUGAAAUGCGACAUCUGAGUCAAAUGUGAAACCUGAGUUAAAUCGCCAAAUGUUUCAGUCGCAGAUUUAGGAGACUUUACCUAGAAUGUAUAACAAAAAUAUAUUCGCACGGCCAACAGCAUUUACCUCCUUGGUAAUCUCCUCCCAGACUUGACUUUUUUUUUUGUUGGUUAUAUUAUUCGUCAGCUUUGACAGGAUCACAUCAAUAUUUUUUUUUACACUUUCUGUAGUUACGGAAAUCUCAAGCGGUGAGAAAUUUGGUUUUCUUUUUCUUUCCUUUACUUUAAGUUCUUUCACCUCACUUUCCGCCAUUUUGUUUUCUUCACCAGCCCCGCAAUCCGCACCAAUUUUUCGCGCCAUAUUUUUUUAGAGGCAGGCGGUCAAAAAACUUGUUAAACCGGUUUUCAUUUAGCACUAAUCUGGGAUUAGUUAAUCGUGGGAUAAUUUCGCUUUCAGGAACUCCUUUUUAACCCACGAUUAGUUAUCCGAGGAAUAAGAAAUUUAAUUGUGGAUUUGACGCUAAUCGGAGGAUAGAUUAAUCUGCUUUCCAGGAACCCAGGCCUGGAGAAGAGCUUCUAUUAAAACAACAUACUUCAUAUUAUCUUCACUUUGUUUUCAAUAAUAUAUAUUGAAAUUGCAUGUUAUUAUUGACAUGUCAUCUUCAGGUGCCUGAUAGUUGCCCCUUGAGUACCUACUUAGAAAUGAAAGCUGAAUGCAUCCCGCUGUGCAGCAGCCACGUCAAAGGAUUCUUGGUAAGUGUUAUAAUCCUAGACACUCUUGGUCUCUAGAAAGGCUGUUUUUGAAUUACAAAGAACACGCUGACUUGUUUAAGUUAUGUAGCCAAAACACACACUAUACUUUAUUUCAUGCACAUCAUUUUGCCAUCUCCACCCGCAAAUAGCAAAAGCUAGACGAGGCGGGCGGAGAGGAAAGGUUACAGCAGUCAUAACAGAUAAUAUAACAAUUGUAAAGUAACUAAAUAAACUAUGUGGAUAAAUAAGAAUUACUGAAAAACAGCCUUUUGUUGGUAAUGUUUUCUGUCUGGGAAGUUGUCAUUAUUUUUUCUAUUAAUUUGUAGACAAUCCUGGAGGACAUCGGUGGUUAUGGUGCAUGGCAGAGGCGAUGGUGUGUGUUGGAAGGUGCUGUCAUGUCCUACUGGAGAUACCCAGGAGAUGAGUCUAUCAAGGUACACAGUCAUAUACAGUGGCAUCCAGAUGAUUUUGAUACCCUGUAAUAUUGCAAAGAAAGUUUUAACCACAUGGCUUUUGAGUGAAAUCUUUGUAACUCAUAAUGAUAUGUGACCUCAUCAGUUUUUGAAAAGGGGAUUAAGGUCAAGAGCAUUUUCUUACGUUUUUAUAUUCAAUGUGUUUAAACAGUGUUUAGACAUGUAUUAUUACAAUUAUAAUUAUUAUUAUUGUUGUUGUUGUUGUUGUUGUUAUUGUUCUUUUUGUGGCUCUUGUUAUUUUUAUUAUAUUAUUAGUAAAAAAGCAACCAAUCCUUGGAGCAAUGCAACAAUAGGCAAAUAAGAAAUGGUCAGUUUCUUUGCUGGUUUUUAGCUACAAGAAGCAAAUUGAAACAUCAAGUUGUUGAAUUUUAGAAUAGUAUAACAAUAUUUGUUCAUUAAUUUCACUACCAUCUGCUUCCUUUACAAGCCACCCCUUGGGAGUAUUGACUUAUCAGAAUGUAUCAGUGAGGAAGUGACCAGAGUCGCAAGGGACCUGUGUGCACGACCAAACACCAUGGAACUAAAACUAAAAAGGGCAUGCGGCACAGAAGUUAAGUAAGUAAUGAAUUUCUCUCAGCCAUGUGUUUUGAUAAUUGUGCUUAGCAGUUGAAUAAUAUAUGGUUAGAACUAGGAUCUAUUACUGCGCUUUUCAAAAACACACGAACUCCAAGUUCAUAAGCCACCUUCAUGCGUUUUUUGCGGUAGUCAAUCAUAAUAAAAAUAUUAUUAUUACUAUUAUUAUUAUUAUUAUUAUUAUUAUUAUUAAUUACAGUCACAAACAACAAACCUUGAAACACAGGUCACCACAAAAACGGACCGAAAUUCACCAAUCACAAACCAUGACCUUUAGCCCCCUUUGAAGUUAAAUUCCUUUUUUUAAGAGGUCUGCUAAGAUGGUUGAUGGCAGUGAAAAACAUAAACAUCAGAAUUCUUGUGUUUUCGAAAAGAGCAGUAACAAAGUGGUUGAAACUACAGUGGAGGUUCACUGUAUAGUAGGCGCGAUUACCAGCUGUUUUGUACACCCACCUUCCUUCAUACUCAUCAUAGCUGGAUCACAGGUCUUAAAACCAGACUACCUUAAAUGACAGGAUAAUUUAGCCUAACUGUACAAGUGUCUAGGCAUUUUUAUGUACAAAAAAGUUUCCACUUAACUAUUGGUAAUGUUUACCAUGUCAGGUACCUUCUGGCUGCUGAUACAAAGACAGAUCGUGCAACAUGGAUUGACAGUCUUAAUGAAGCUCUCAGAGAUGGACGUGCAUGGACGAUGACAGAGAACAGACCUCUUUACCCUGAUUUGAGCAGACUGCAUAACCAAGAUGUGUAUAUGUGUUCCAAGGAUACUGAAUAGCUGGCUCAUUGGAUAGCUAUAUUUUCCUUCUCACAGCAGCAUCUGAGUGAAAGUCUCCAAAUUGCAUUAUGUCCUAAAUAAAACAGAUUGAACCUUUAAGAAGUUCUUAAUUCAGCUGGUAUUGACUGAAAGGUCAAAAGAUAACACAUAUUUUAAAUUAAAUAUAUAGAAUGUAAAUUUAAUGAACAAUGAUCCUCACCUAUAGAAAGGCAAAAAGGGUGUGCUUAAAGUAUAGCUACAUUGCUUCACUAACAGUAAGCAUCGCUGUUUUAUGGGGCUGUCAUUAAAGGCCAGGAAUUUCCCCCAGCUGGUAUGAGCACAACCUCCUGCUAUUUUCACAGGAAACAAAAGGAAAAUAUGACCAAAAGAACACCUAGAUUUUCAAUCCCCCAAAUAUAUACCCAGCAUCAAAAAAUCUUAGUGAUAGCCCUGCUGCACUGAGACAUAUGAAAUUAAGGAUAUCAUUACCUGCAGAGCUCUGACUUGAUACAUAAACCAAAAACAAGAUCAAAGGUUAAGUCAAUGACUUGUGCUACAUAACAACCUAUAACAGUCAUGUCUGCUAAGUCAUUUCAACUCUAAUCAUAGCUUACAAUAAGUACGAUGGAGUACAAUUUUACACAAUAAUGCACCGUAUAAUCCAAGUGGACAAUUUUAACAAUAGUCUGUGUAAAAUCCAUGGGAAAUAGCCUUUGUCGUGAAUUUCCAGGGUGAAAAGCUCAGGAAAAUAACUUAAGAUAGUUUCUGAUGGAAAACAGGAUCAUUUUAAAGAAGAAAAGACACAGAAGAGUUGGCAUUGAGUCAGCUAAUGGAGAAAAGGAGAGAUAAUUAAGUUACUGUAAGGCAAUUAACUUAAGUGUAAAAUUAAGACAAACCCAGGUUUGGCUGGAAAGAAUGAGUGUAAUCCACUGGGUGACAGCCAAAAAUUUUGUGCAGCCUUAAAUGGUAAACAAAGCUUCGUGUAAACUACAGCUUGCUGUACAACAGAAUUUCAAGCACUUUUGUUUUUUUGUGGGGGGAGGGGGUGGUGGGAAGUUGGAUCCAACCCAGGUUUUGUUGAUGCCUUCCAUAAUGUUGUGUUCUAACAACUUUGUCCUAGUUUUAAUGAAAUUUAAAAGUUCUUGCCUUGGUGACAAUUAAAGC